CAACCGUAUGCAUGGAGGCGCGGUGGCGUCGCUGGUGGACCUGGUGGGCUCUGCGGUGAUCUUCGCGGGCGGCUCGCCGGUGACGGGGGUCUCGCUGGAUAUCACCGUCUCCUACCUGGGCGCCGCCCGUGCAAACGAGGAGAUCGAGAUCGAGGCUCGGGUCCUCGGCAUGGGCGACAAGACGGGGUGCGUGACCGUGGAGGUGAGGAGGAAGGACACCGACCAGGUGCUCGCGCACGGCCGCCACACCAAGUAUCUCGCCAACGUCUCCAGUAAACUCUGAGGGUCCUUCCCAUCCCGGAAGAGCUACAUGUUACACAUACGACGGUUGUG